GAGGAAUUAGCUUCUUCUUCGGGUCUGUCCCGUCCCGACCCGCCCUAGGCACUAUUUCGACGCCGUUGCUUUUGGCCAGUGGGCCAGAGGAUCGACCGACGACACAUCUGGGUUCCAGGGAACUUAGCAUGCUGUCUAGCCUCACUGUAGGCACCGGCGGCUUUAUCCAGUCUUUUCCGGUAAGUCAUACCUCAAAAAGGAAUGAUACUCGCUCUGUCCGCGUGGAAUCAGACUUCUCUAGCUAUUGGAGCUAGAAGUGGACCGGCCAGCGUAAUGGGCCAAACCGGGAUGCUUCCGCAAGUGCUAGGCUUUGGAGUCCGAAGUUAUUCAUUCGAGCGACGAGCAGACUUCGCCUCAUUAUACCCCUCAAUACCCCCCUUCUCUCCCCUGAUUGCAAGACCAAACAUCGAAAUCUGGACGAACUACUGUCGCAGUCUUGCUUGGCUAUGACUGAGAAACCGAUUUUUGUGUUCGUGCCAGGCGCAUGGCAUACUCCAGAUGCCUUUGAUGAAGUUCGAGCCUUGUUGGCUAAGCAGGGCUAUGACAGUGAGGCGAUUACUACACCAUCUGUUGGCGGUUCAUCCCCGGACAGCGGUCUCCACGCGGACAUCACCUAUACGAAGGCGAUCCUCACAGGACUAGCGGACAAUGGACGACAAAUUGUGGUGGUCAACCAUUCGUACGGUGGGUUGGUUGGCGCGGGCGCUGUAGAAGGUCUGGGAUACGCACAACGAUCUCAGGAUGGCCUACCAGGAGGAGUGAUCAUGGUGGUAUGGAUGACUGCGUUUGUUGGCCUUAAAGGAGAGUCAUUGUUUGACAAGCUUGGCGGCAACUGGCUUCCCUGGAUGCUAUUCAAGAAUGAUGGCUAUUGCUACCCCUCCCAGGAAGCAACCGUUUUCUAUAGUGACCUCGCGCCAACCGAGCAGAAGAAGUGGAUUGCCAUGUUGAAGCCGCAUCCCACGAAGUCAUUUCUGGAGCCAGCAACAUACGAACCAUGGCAUGAUUUGCCGUGCAUGUACCUGUUCUGUGACAAAGACCAGGGACUGCCGCUGGCAAUACAACAGGCCUUUGCAGAGACUUUGGGCAACCCAACAACGUACCACACCAGCGGAUCGCACUCGGCGUUUCUGAGUGUUCCUGACCAGGUGGUUGAUGCGCUUGAGGUGGCGUUGAAUACGGGGCGGGAAAGGAGUGGGAUCACUAUAAACUAG